AUGAAGCUCACCGCUGCUGCUGCCCUCUCCCUUGCCGGCCUCGCCGCCGCCAACCCCGUUGACCUAGCCGAGAGGCAGAGCUGCCCCAAGGUCUACGUCUUUGGCGCUCGUGAGACUACUGCGCCGGCCGGCUACGGUACCUCUGCUGGUCUCGUCAACCAGAUCAAAUCCGCCUAUUCGGGAGCUGGCUCUGAGGCAAUUGUCUACCCGGCCUGCGGAGGCCAGUCGCAGUGCGGUGGUGUCUCCUACGACAACUCUGCCACCCAAGGCACGGCUGCUGUUGUCAAGGCUGUCACGGCCUACAACCAGAAGUGCCCUGACACUCAGAUUGUCCUCGUCGGCUACUCCCAGGGUGGUCAAAUCAUGGACAACGCCCUCUGCGGCGGAGCUGGCGGUACCCUCACCGGUGCUGCUCUCGCCGCCGUCAAGGCCGCCAUCUUCAUGGGCGACCCACACAACCGCGCCGGUCUGCCAUACAACGUUGGCACUUGCACGAAUCAAGGCUUUGCUGCUCGCCCCGCUGGCUUCACGUGCUCGCCGGCCUCGUCCAGCAUCAUCCAGUCGUACUGCGACUCCCAGGACCCGUACUGCUGCAACGGCAACGACGCCAACCACCACCAGCAGUACGUCACCAUCUACGGCAGCCAGGCCAUGACUUUCAUCAAGAGCAAGAUCACCGCUUAA